AAAGGAACGCCCUAAUAGAGGCUUGGAUGUGUGGGGCGCACCGGCACGUAGCGCGGACACCACUCUGGGGUCCUUUCUCACUGCCACCAAUUGCGGGACCUUUUCUCUGCCUGCUCCUGGCCGAGGCUGGUCCUGGCGUCCCUGAUUUUCUCCCGUUUUGUGGCAAAAAUGGCAACUAACGAUGCUGUUUUGAAGAGACUGGAGCAGAAGGGUGCAGAGGCAGAUAAAAUCAUUGAAUAUCUUAAACAGCAAGUUUCUCUUCUUAAGGAGAAAGCAAUUCUGCAGGCAACUUUGAGAGAAGAGAAAAAACUUCGAGUAGAAAAUGAGAAAUUAAAGAAAGAAAUAGAAGAAUUAAAACAAGAGCUAAUUCAAGCAGAAAUUCAAAAUGGAGUGAAGCAAAUACCACUCCCAUCUUGUACUCUGCUGCAAGCUAAUUCUCCAGCUUCUGAAAAUGUGAUACAGUCUAGAACAGUAACCAUCUCUUCUAGUUCUAAAGAACAGAUCAAAGCAGAGAGUGGAGAAGAGAAGAAAGUGAAGGAGAAAGCUGAUAAGAAAGGAGAGAAGAAGGAGAAAAAACAGCAAGCACUAGCAGGAAGUGCUGACUCUAAACCAAUAGAUGUAUCCCGUCUGGACCUUCGAAUUGGUUGCAUUCUUACUGCCAAAAAACACCCUGAUGCUGAUUCUUUAUAUGUAGAAGAAGUAGAUGUUGGAGAAGCAGCCCCAAGAACAGUUGUCAGUGGGCUAGUGAAUCAUGUUCCUCUCGAACAGAUGCAAAAUCGGAUGGUGAUUUUACUUUGUAAUCUGAAACCUGCAAAGAUGCGGGGAGUAUUAUCUCAAGCAAUGGUGAUGUGUGCCAGUUCACCAGAUAAAGUUGAAAUUUUGACUCCUCCAAAUGGAUCUGUUCCUGGAGAUAGGAUUACUUUUGAUGCUUUCCCUGGAGAGCCUGACAAGGAGCUGAACCCUAAAAAGAAGAUUUGGGAGCAAAUCCAGCCUGAUCUGCACACUAAUAAUGAGUGUGUGGCCACCUACAAGGGGGCCCCCUUUGAGGUGAAAGGGAAGGGUGUAUGUAGGGCUCAAACCAUGUCUAACAGCGGAAUCAAAUAAAACAAAUGUAUUACUGAAAUACAUUGGAGAAAACUUGAAAGACAAUAAAAGGAAUGUAUUUGUCACUGAUACAUGAA